AAGAACGAGAAUGGAAAUAAGUAGAUGAAAGAAGCAGCUUCCAACUAUCAAGAUAUAAUGUGUCCUUGUAUCAUUUACUUCAAUUUGUUUCAUUGAUACGCGAAUGCAGAGAACCUAGUUAACAUGGCUUCACUCUCAAAUAUCCCUCUUUUUCUUUCAUUUUCAAUCCCUCCUCCUUCUUCUUGCAACCCCAAUUUCAAAUUCAAAACCUUUUCCCACGUAAACCAGCAACAUUCUCACAACCCAGUUACAAAUUCUUCAUCUUUAUCCAAACCCAAAAUCUGGGUCAAUCCCAAUAACCCCAAAUCCAAACCUCUCCAAAACAAAAACAAUAACAAACCUUCUAAUUCUCGUAACCAUUUUCUCCUUAAAUUCGUUCAGUCUCUAGACUCAUGUGAUCCCACUCACCAACAAGUUAAUGCAAUUCUCAAUGCUUUCAUAAGCGACGGCGUUUCGGAACGUGAUGCUGUGUUUAUUCUUGAUAAGAUGACAAAUCCUAAAACUGCCCACAUUGUGAUGGGAUGUAUUAGGGAUAGGAUUGAACAUGUUAGAGAUAAUGGGGUUGUUCUUUACAAUGUGACAUUGAAAGUUUAUAGGAAAUGUAAUGAUUUUGAUGGUGCACAGAAGGUUUUUGAUGAAAUGCUUCAAAGAGGGGUUAAGCCGGAUAAUAUUACUUUUACUACUAUGAUUAAUUGUGCAAGGAUGUCUGCUUUGCCGGAUAAGGCGGUUGAGUGGUUUGAGAAGAUGCCGGGUUUUGGGUGUGAGCCGGAUGCAAUUACUUGCUCGGCUAUGGUGUGUGCUUAUGCGCGUACUAAUCAUGUUGAUAUGGCUUUGAGAUUGUAUGAUCGUGCGAAAAUAGAGAAAUGGCCGGUUGAUGUAGUGACAUUCUCGGCAUUGAUUAAGAUGUUUGAUUUGAAUGGAAACUAUGAUGGAUGCUUGAAUAUGCACUUAGAAAUGAAGGGUCUUGGUGUGAAGGCUAACGUGGAAAUGUAUAAUGUUUUGUUGGUUGCUAUGUUGAGAGGCAAGAGGCAUUGGCAAGCUAAAACUAUAUAUCAAGAGAUGAAAAGUAAUGGAGUUUCACCGGAUUUUACAACGUAUUCAACUCUUUUGAGAAUCUAUACUAGAGCGCAAUUUGGUCAAGAUGCUAUUAGUGUUUAUAAGGAAAUGAAGGGGAAAGGAAUGAAUGUGAGUAUAGAUCUCUAUAAUGUGCUUUUAGCUAUGUGUGCUGACGUUGGAUGCAAUGAUGAAGCUCUUGAGAUUUUUCAAGACAUAAAAAAUUCGCGGACCUGCACACCUGACAGUUGGACAUUUUCAGCCUUGAUUAAUGUAUAUUCCAACACUGGGAAAGUUUUCGAGGCGGAAGCAAUGUUGGAUGAAAUGAUCAAAUCUGGAUUCGAGCCUAAUAUUUUUGUUAUGGUAUCGCUUGUCCAGUGCUAUGGAAAAGUUAAGCGAAUUGAUGAUGUUGUGAAGGUAUUUAAUCGAUUCUUGAAUCUGGGCAUCGUUCCAGAUGAUCGCUUCUGCGGUUGUCUGCUGAAUGUUAUGACACAAACAACAAAUGAAGAGCUUGGUAAACUAAUAGGUUGUCUUGAGAAGGCUAAUAAAAAGCUUGGUUUUGUGGUAAGAUAUUUGGUGGAAGAGCAGGAUGGUGAUGGAGAUUUCAAAAAGGAAGCAUCAGAACUUUUAAAUUCAAUUGAUACUGAAGCAAAGAGGCCCAUAUGUAACUGUCUGAUUGAUCUUUGUGUCAAUCUGAAUCUACCUGACAAAGCGCAUGACCUUCUCGGGAUCGGGUUGAAGCACGGAAUAUAUAGGAAUAUACAAUCAAGAUCUCAAACAAAGUGGUCUCUACACUUAAAGAACCUCUCGAUUGGCGCUGCUAUGACUGCAUUACAUCUUUGGAUAAAUGACUUGUCUAAGGCUUUGGAAUCGGGGGAGAAGUUUCCACCACUACUUGGAAUUAAUACCGGUCGAGGAAAACUAAAGAAUUCAAGCAAGGGUUUAGGUAGUGUACUUCAAUCACAUUUGAAGGAACUCAAUGCUCCGUUCUGUGAAGCUCAAAAUGAGGUUGGCUGGUUUUUGGUUACAAAAGAAGCAGCCAAAUCAUGGCUGGAGUCGAGGGGUUCAACCAAAUCUGUUGCUACUUUGGAUUCUCUGGUUUUAAGUGCUCCAUCAAUGACCCUUACCUAUUGAAAAUGUUCGAGGGAAUGAUUUUGUUGGAUUUCUUUCAUGCAUUUUCAUACUUCAAAUUGUGUAUAAAGUGUUCUUACACAGUGUUAUCGAGUUCUGCUUCUGACUCCAAAAUUUUGCUCUGUCAGAGGAAGGAAGAAAACCUUGAGAAGAUUAAUAACUUGUGAGGAACCUUAAACCAAAAAUCUAGCAAAGGGAUGCAUACCAAGUGGAUGCUCAAAUUAGAUGGUCUCUGUAGCUUUUAUGUGACUUAUAUUGCCUGCUAACACUACCAGAAUAUGGUCCUGGUGUGGUCUAGAUAGAGGAAAUGAUAGAGGUGUAUAUUGAUCAUGACUUUGUAAUCUUAUUAGGCAUAUUCAUGGCAUAGUGGUCUACUGGCUUGUAAGUAGAGCUCUUUCUUUCUUUAUUUUGAUAAUAGUAGAGAUCUUUCUGUUUGUAUCACGAGGAACUUUGGUGUAUUUUCUUUAUUCAUGUAGCGGUGGCACAUGACUGGGUUACCUCUCAAACUCUUCCUAGAAGGUGGGGAGAGUGUGUUCUAAUGAUGUUGAGCUAGAUGUAAAUUAAUGAAGUACUAAAAGGGCAACCCGGUGCACUAAAGCUCCCGCAUACGCAGGGUCCGGGAAGGGGUCCCACCAUUUGGUGUAUUGUACGCAGCCUUACCCUGUUUUACACAAGAGGCUGUUUCCAGGAUUUGAACCCGUGACAUUUCCAGUCACAUGACAACAACUUUACCGGUUGCGCCAAGGUUACCCCUCGAAUUAAUGAAGUACUAUUUAUAAAAAAAAAAAAAAAAA